GGAAAAUUACCCUGAGCGUGUGCAUGUGCGCGCAUGAGAGAGAGAAAGCAAGAGAGUGAGCGUGAAGACGAUGAAGAAAAGUGGAUGAAAUGGUCAGCAUAAAAGAAAGUCCAGAAAUAAAGUUGUCAGAGAGGCACGGUGAGAGAUGUUAGAGGUGUUUCGGUGAUAACAGUGCUUAGUCAGGGCCUGGAAAUGCAGCGUCUCGCAGCUGAGAAUCACAUGCGCUUCUGUUGGAGCGGGUGGAAAAACCUACUGCUGCCGCAGCUGAACAGACGCUCGCUGUAUGUCUACGGCAGUGAGGUAGCUGUGGAGAAGGAGUGCAUUAGACAGAAAGAGGAAGGCGUGUUCGUCAUCCAUCCCUUCAGUCGUUUAAGGAGCUAUUACAUCAUGUGUAUGGUGGCCAUAACAUUUCUGAAUCUAAUUGGCAUUCCAAUGGAGAUUGCCUUUCUUGAUGGGAACAGUGGAGUAGGUUGGGAGGGUUUUAACGUGUUCUCGGACACUCUGUUCCUGAUUGACGUGGGGCUUAACUUUCGCAUGGGGAUCAUUAAUGAGGACAGUGAGGGAGCCAUUCUGGAUUUGAAAAGCAUUAGACAACAAUAUUUAAAAAGCUGGUUUAUACCUGAUGUGGUGGCAGCAUUCCCAGUUGGUUACAUACUACUUAUUGCGGACCUACAAUACCACAGUGACUCUCCCUCAUCCAAAGCCAGCAAAAUGAUGCGCAUCUUGAUGUUUGUGAGAAUCCUCAGUCUUGUCCGCCUGCUGCGUGUGUCAAGGCUUGUUAGGUUUUUCAAUGAAGUGGAGAGAGUUUCAAAUGCCAACUUGGAGGUGGUGAGGGUGUUCCUAAGAAUCUUGUCAUUAUUUAUGAUGAUUUUCCUGCUGUGCCACUGGAAUGGCUGUAUUCAGUAUUUUGUGCCUAUGCUUGAGGAGUUUCCCUCAGACUGCUGGGUUAGAAGAGAGAAUCUAAUGAAUGCCACAGUGGGAGAGAAGUACUCUUUUGGAGUCUUUCGGGCCCUCUCUCAUAUGACUGCAAUAUCAUACGGUUCCUCUGAAACACCCACAAAUGAGGUUGAGCUGUGGAUAGUCAUGACUAGCAUUGUGUCUGGAGCCAUCAUGUACACGGUGAUGGUCGCCAACACUGCUGCAAUGAUGACUGAUGUGGACAUAACAGCAAGAGCGUACAAUAACAAGAUGAAUCAUCUGGAAGAUUAUAUGACUUUCAUGAAGCUUCCCAAAGCCCUUCGUAUGCACAUCAGCAACUACUUUCAGGCUCGUUAUGCAGGGAAAUGGUAUGAUGAGAAAGAUGUCCUGAAGUGGGUGUCUUCAUCUCUCAGAGAGGAAAUUCUGAUGACCAUGUGCUCGGCCCAUGUGAGAAAAGCUCCCUUUUUCCGGAACUGCGAUAUAAAUUUCGUCAAUGCCAUUCUUCUGGAGCUGCAGUAUGAGGUCUACCAGGAGGGUGACAUCAUCAUCCGCCAGAACGCUCCUGGUGACCGCAUGUUCUUCAUCGAGCAUGGGCAGGUCCUUGUGGAGAAUGAGUUUCUCCAGAGGGAACUGUGUGAUGGACACUACUUUGGAGAGUCAUGUCUCCUAACAAGAGGAAGGCAUUUGGCCACAGUACAAACUCUGACUAUCUGUCAGCUUUUUUCCUUGUCGGUGGACUCCUUUCAUUCUGUUCUGAAGGACUAUCCAGACAUCAGGAAGGACCUGGAGACAUUUCAACUGGAUAAAGACAUUUUGUUAUGUUGAGAAAAUGGCUACACCUGCAUCAAGCCUCUCCUGCAGUUUCCUCAGCAUGCACUUUGCCAGCUUUGCUUUACUUGGAUCUUCCUCUUUAUUGGCAUAGAUUUCUGAAGUGGUUUUGUAAUAUUCUGUUCCAGCUGGUGGAUGUGGCCUUAAGUAUCCUCUUGUCAGAAAAUGAACUUUGUAAAGCAAACAAAGUGUGACGUGGCAACCACAUUGGAAUGGGAUUCCUCUGAGAAUACUGAUAGGCUGAUUUUAGACUGUUUGUAGGCCACCUUCUCGAGCUCCGCCUCUGCCCCCUCCUGGCCUCUGCUGCUGUACUACUUUCCAAAUGCCCACAAGAGGAUGCACAGCUCACAGCUCAGCAUAACCAGUCACAAUGUAAUGUUUUUAGGAUCUCUGCCGCUUGGUCCUCGAGUAGGUUUCUGCUUGUCUGCACCCCCAGGAUCUGCCUCUUUACAACUUCCCCUGAAGAAUCCAGAACAGCACCCACUGGUGGCCUUCAUUUUCCUGUAGACUAGAGGGCAUCUGACCAGGUCCUCGUUAUACAUACAGUAGGUCAGUAGGUUCUAUCAGAGAAGCCUUGAUUAAAAACAGAAAAUAAAUGUAAUAUUUUGGCUAAUUUGUUCUUUUUUUCAACUACUAAUGUAGUACACUGAGCUAAUUUUUACGUCAAAUAUGUCACAAAAGUCAGUAGAUCAUUCCCAAAAAUCAGCACAGCGGAUGUGCAAAUUCUGUCUGGGCCUAGAAAAAAACCCACCAUACUUUACAUUUAAUUUUUUUAUUUUGGGGGGGAAAAGGUCAAAUUUGCAGUUUCAUAAAAUGAUCCAAAGAAUGUAAAAUUGUUGCUCUGUUUAAAAAAGUCAAAUGUUUAUAA